GUCAUCUGUAGUUGUUUUUAUUUACGUUUUAUAAAACAUAUAUUAUCCUUGUAUUAUUAAGGUAUUUAUUAAUUAUAUUGUAAUACUAACUGCUGUUACCUGUAUAGUGAAAGAAAUGGAUAUACUGAAGGCUGAAAUAGAGAAAAAACGAAAGGAAUUAGAAGAAAAUGUGAAUCCAAAGAGAAAAUACUUCCGAAGGGGAGAACUUACCGCAAAAGAACUUGAGAAAUAUAAAGAGAAAGCAGACCUAUCUAAAAAUACAGAAACUUCUAGUGGCAAUGAACAAGGAGCAAAGACACCAACAGAUAUCAAGCAUAAUGUAGUACCCAGAAAUGAAGUAAUUAGUAAACUCAGAGAUAGAGGCGAACCGAUAUUGCUUUUUGGUGAAAGUGAGGCAGAUGCAUCCAAAAGGCUUAGGAAAUGUGAACUGCUCGAACCUGAAGUGAAUAGAGGAUUUAGAAAUGACUUGCAAGAAGCUAUGGACCAAGUGGAUCAAGAGUACCUUAACGAUUUCCUAAAGUCACAAACGACAUCGGAUAGUGAAAGCCAAGUUAGUAGUAGCACCCAAGAUCCUAGCGUCACCUAUGAUGAAAUCUGUGAGAUGGCCAAGAAGAUGGCUAGGGGCAAUAGGGAGCACGAUAUGACCACUAUAGUGCAUUUUAUACAGCUGCUACUGUCAAAAUGGGAUGAGCAACUACAAAAUAGGACGCACGAGGAGAAACUUUCCGUUAAAGGAAAAUUGCAGGGGGCCACCUACGCCCAGACCCAAGUGUAUCUCAAGCCGCUCCUGAGAAAAUUGAAGAGUUUCACUUUGCCAGAGGAUAUUUCCGAUAGUCUCACGGAAAUCAUUAUGCACCUUUUAAAUAGGAAUUAUUUAAAGGCAAGUGAUGCGUACCUACAAAUGGCAAUCGGAAACGCCCCAUGGCCAAUCGGCGUCACCAUGGUUGGUAUCCACGCGCGUACGGGUCGUGAAAAGAUUUUCUCCAAAAAUGUCGCUCACGUAAUGAACGACGAAACCCAAAGGAAAUACAUCCAGGGCCUAAAAAGACUGAUGACAAAAUGCCAGGAGUAUUUCCCUACAGAUCCCUCCAGGUGUGUGGAGUACGGUGCUUUCGGAGAAACUAAGGACAGCGAGUGUAGUAGUUCCACUUAAGGACUUUUAUAAGGAAAAAAUAAAGGAAUUCAAAUUAUA